AUUAUUUACUGUGCUUAGGGGCUUGUGGAACAACCGUAGAUGCAAUUACAGUUAUGAGUCCAUUUUCCCCGUCGGCCAAUGCGUUUCCUCCUACAGUAUGUGGAACAUUAACUGGCCAGCACAUGUACUUUGAAACUGGCUCGACGGGUAAUGCAGGAAUACUAGAGAUUGCUAAAGGAACCACCGAUGGAAACCGCAACUUCCAAAUCAAAGUCACUUACUUCACUUGUGACAAUCUGGCUAAAGCUCCAGCAGGGUGCACUCAAUAUUUCACUGCAGUGAGUGGAUCCUUCCAGUCCUACAACCAUGCCGGAAAUCAAUUACUGGCGGAGAUGAAUUACAAUAACUGCUUCAGACAAAGAGAAGGUUUUUGUCGGUUGGCGUUGUCAGAAUCUACUGCAAUGAAUCCCGAUGCCUUUCUCUUAUCCGACCCACCCACAAUGGCCGAAAGUGAUUGUAUCCUCCUCAGUUUUCUGUCGUUUUCUACGCCAACGACAUCCAUGUUUUGUGGCGGAAUCUUGAAUACUGUGGAUGGAGAUACUGUCCCUGGAGUGGUGACGUCUGGUCCUGGAUCCUCCUUCAUUGUAGGGCUUCAAACCUUGGACGGCGAUCUGUCCGACCUUUCUGGUUUCAAUUUGGACUUCACUCAAGUGCCGUGUACUUGAUUUGAAGGCAUUGACACUUCCAAUGUUACAUACUCUUGAUGUGGUGAAAUAACUUUUAAUUCAUUGAAAUAAAUAUGGUUCACAAGGA